AUGAGCCACCGGACCUCCUCCGCCUUCAGAGCGGAGAGAAGCUUCCAUUCUUCCUCCACCUCCUCCUCCUCCUCCUCCUCUUCUUCGGCCUCCCGAGCCCUCCCAGCCCAGGACCCCCCCAUGGAGAAGGCUUUAAGCAUGUUUUCUGAGGAUUUUGGCAGUUUCAUGCGGCCCCACUCGGAGACCCUGGCCUUCCCAGCAGCUCUGCCCACAGCCCGUCCCGGGGGCCAAGGCAACAUCAAGACCCUCGGGGAUGCCUAUGAGUUUACCGUGGACAUGAGAGACUUUUCCCCUGAAGAUAUUAUUGUCACCACCUCCAACAACCACAUUGAGGUGCGAGCGGAGAAGCUGGCGGCUGAUGGCACAGUCGUGAACACCUUCGCUCACAAGUGCCAACUACCAGAGGAUGUGGAUCCUACAUCGGUGACCUCGGCCCUUCGAGAGGAUGGCAGCCUCACCAUCCGGGCACGGCGCCACCCACGCACGGAGCACGUCCAGCAAACCUUCCGGACAGAGAUAAAGAUCUGA